GAGAUAAGAUAUGAGAUCGGAGAAAGAAAGAAAGCAAAGAAAAAUGAGGAAGGAGAUUAUGGUUGCAGUGUUGGUUCUGUUUGUCGUCGUUUCACAAAUGGAGAGGGUUGAGCCCGCAGAUCCCGAUUGCUAUGACCAGUGCUCCACCGGCUGCGUUCAACCUGACACGAGGCUUAUGCAACGGUGUGACAGAAAGUGUCAGAUAAAAUGCGGUCCAGAUGCAGAUCCUGAUUUUGAAGUCAAUAUAGGUUAAACGUCUGUCAAGGAAGGAAGCUGUGUGGGCGACAUCUCAUCAUUUAAUAAACUUUUAAACUUUUUUGUU